GAGCGGACACCUCAGCAGCAGGACGGCUGACGCUCGGCUAUGGGCGAGACCUUCCCUCAGUCAGUCCCUCCUGCUGCUGAUUAGCUCCUCCUGCAUCAUGCUUGGAUUCUACUCCAGGCUGGACUCCUCCUCCUCCUCCCCCCUGUUGGGGGUGGGCAUCGGGGGAGACGGCGCCCGCGUGCCUCUAAGCCUCGCCGUGGAGGCGGAGAAAGCGCAGGCGCUCUUACAGACGUUCAGCUCCGCCUCCUUGCUGGCCUCAGCGGGACUCGGCAUGUUCUGCGUGGUGGCGGACCACGCCCUCCAGCUGUCGGCGAUCCAGCAACACCUGUGGCUUCGCGCCAUCUUGGACAAUGCCACGCACGGAAUCGUGGGGCUGUGGUCGUGGGCGGUCGUGAUUGGACUGCGGAAAAAGAGUGACUUGUACGAGGUACUGCUGGCCGGGCUGCUGGCGUCAAUCAUAGACCUGGACCACUUCUACAUGGCCGGAUCGCUGUCACUGAAGGCUGCCGUGUCGCUGCCCCAGCGUCCCCCCCUCCACUGCUCGUCCCUCAUCCCCGUCAUCUGCCUCACGCUCCGCCUCCUCAUGUGGCUCGGCCGCCUCAAAGACGCCUGGUGCUCCCUGCCGUGGAUGCUCUUCAUCUCCAUGGCCACGCACCACGUCCGGGACGGCGUGCGCCACGGCCUGUGGGUCUGCCCGUUCGGCAACACCGCCCCCAUCCCCUACUGGCUGUACGUCAGCACCACAGCGACUCUUCCUCACCUGUGCUCAGUGCUCAUGUACCUGACCGGAACCAGGGACGUGAUCUCCACCAAGCACGGCGUGGCCAUCGAUGUCUAGAUGUCACGGACGCUCGUCUGGUAGAUCUCCACCGUUUAACCCUUUAACACCGCAGCUCCAAGGUUUAUUUUCUUUGAUUUACUGUCAUUUUUCAACCGUUAACACGCCGCUUUUCUCCUUCAAACUCUACUGGAAUGAUCGUGUUAAAGGUUAAAAAGUCACAGUAUGUUAACGCCUCAGGUGUUAAAGGGUUAAAACUAAAAAGUCUUAGUUGUUUAGAUACUUGAAAUCACUGGAGGGAAAUCCCCAGCACUUAAAAACGAAGAGAUUUUUUUAUUGACGAUGAAGACUAUCACUGAAGUCUUUGGUUUCAGCCUCUGUUUGAUAAAGGGACGUUCAAUAGUG